UCAACGCCCCAUGUGUCGGCCCGGGAUGAUUGACUGAACAUCUGAUUGAUUUAUGAAGAUGAAAAUGAUGCAUGAUGAGUGGACGUGGUGAACCGAAGGUUGAAAUGAGGACAGAAAAGUUACUGAUUAGAAAUGCGAGACAAAUAGUUGCAGUUUGUAGUAAUGGAGAAAGAGUUUUAUGUGGCGAGGCUAUGAAAAACCCGGUUAUUUUAAAUCAAGACGGCGGGAACAAUGGUGUUAGCCUGGUUAUAGGGAGUGAUGGUUUGAUAAAGGGGAUUGGUAGUACAGCUGCACUGUCAAAGGGAAUCCGGUUCAGCAAGAUAAUUGACGCUACUGGAAAGUGUGUUGUGCCAGGUUUGAUUGAUGGCCACACCCAUCCUGUGUGGGCAGGUGAUAGAGUCCAUGAAUUUUCUUUAAAGCUUGCUGGUGCAUCCUAUAUGGAAGUUCACAAAGCCGGUGGGGGCAUCAAUUUUACCGUAGAACACACUCGCCAGGCUACAGAGAAUGAACUUUACGCAACUUUCAAACAACGCCUGGAAGGGAUGCUCCGGUGUGGCACAACUCUUGUGGAGUGCAAGAGUGGCUACGGCCUGGAUGCGGAGACUGAAAUCAAGAUGUUGAAAGUAAUUCAGAAAGCAAAGAGGGAGCUAGCCAUUGAUGUGUCGAGUACAUACUGCGGAGCACACGCAGUACCAAUGGGUCACACAUCUGGAGCAGCAACUAUAGAUGUAAUUCAGAACCAACUACCAAAAAUAGUGAAACUGAUAAAAGAUGGACAACUAGAGGUUGACAAUAUAGAUGUCUUUUGUGAGCAGGGUGUUUUUAACAAAGAACAAACAAGAAGAAUUCUCACCGCUGGGAGGCAGGCUGGUCUGGCCCUCAAUUUCCAUGGUGAUGAACUUCACCCUAUGGAAGCUGCUGAGUUGGGCGGUGAAUUGAAAGCGGAAGCUGUCAGUCAUCUUGAGGAGAUAAGUGAUGCUGGGAUAAAAGCGAUGGCAGAGUCGGGAAGCAUUGCCGUCAUCUUACCAACUACAGCCUACAUCUUGAGGCUAAAACAUCCCCCUGUCAGAAAAAUGAUAGAGGAAGGGGUUGCAGUAGCUCUGGGUAGUGAUUUCAACCCAAAUGCUUUCUGUAUGUCAAUGCCACUUGUGAUGCAUUUAGCUUGCGUCAACUUACGGAUGUCAAUGCAGGAGGCACUAGUGGCAGCAACCAUUAAUGCAGCAGCUUCCCUUCGCAAGUCUUCAACACAUGGUUCUAUUGAAGUUGGGAAAGUCGGCGACGUUUUAAUUCUUGAUGCACCAAGAUGGGAACAUUUGAUUUAUCAGAUGGGUAACCACGAGAAGUUGAUAGAAUACGUCAUCAAACAAGGUGACGUCGUCCACCAACGUGAUUCAAACAAAAGAUGAUGUGAAAGAUGACACGUACUUGAUAGAGGUAACAUGCUGGACAAUUUAGAAGACAAGUGAUCUGGUCGAUGAAUAUGCAAAGCAGUAUUUAAUUGAAUACAGACAUGUGCUAACUUGAAAAAUAAUUUUAUCUCGGUGUAUUGUUUCUAUAUGAGGUGGAGUUGCAGCGUUAACUGUUGAGGUGUUGACCUUUAAAUCUUGUGGUCUCCAUUCCUGCAAAUUUGAAGAUUCUUUAAAAAACUAUUAUAAAACUUAGUUUUAAAGCUUCCAAUUUUCCUGUUUUUUUGGAACAAAUAUUUAUUUUCUUGUGUUAAUAUUUUAACUGUAUGUGUUUUGUUAAUACUGUAUUGUUUCUAUAUGAGGUGGAGUUGCAGCGUUUACUGUUGAGGUGUUGACCUUUAAAUCUUGUGGUCUCCAUUCCUGCAAAUUUGAAGAUUCUUUAAAAAAACUAUUAUAAAACUUAGUUUUAAAGCUUCCAAUUUUCCUGUUUUUUUGGAACAAAUAUUUAUUUUCUUGUGUUAAUAUUUUAACUGUAUGUGUUUUGUUAAUACUGUAUUGUUUCUAUAUGAGGUGGAGUUGCAGCGUUUACUGUUGAGGUGUUGACCUUUAAAUCUUGUGGUCUCCAUUCCUGCAAAUUUGAAGAUUCUUUAAAAAACUAUUAUAAAACUUAGUUUUAAAGCUUCCAAUUUUCCUGUUUUUUUGGAACAAAUAUUUAUUUUCUUGUGUUAAUAUUUUAACUGUAUGUGUUUUGUUAAUACUGGUAUAUUUAUGAAUUUAUCAUCUUAUAAGAGUAUGAUUUAAAUGAGCUCAGCACUCUAAAAAAAAUUGACUAUGACUUGGGCAUGCAGUGUAUAUUUGACAUUUUGAUUGGUUACUGUCAAGUUAAGUUUUUUCAAUGAACAGAGGUGUAAGCCACUCCCCUCCCCCUAAAAAAAAUCCCAAUUUUAGUGUUAAUGCUGGGUGGGCUUAUUAUUUUAUUAGUAUUGAAUAGUGUUUGAAUCAGUAUACCAUGAAUGUAAAGCAGUAAGACAAUCUGUCUUUAGCAAUCUGCCUCUGUAUUGUUCAUUGUAAUGUAUGCUAUAUAAUCAUGUAUUAAGAGAUCAUAAAUAUAGAGAAUACAAUUUGUAAUUCAGAUGAAAGAUUUUCUGUAGCUGACUUCUUGCCAGAAUAGAAUAUUUGAGUUUUCACUUGUAAACUAUUGAAGGCAGGGUGUACUAAAAAAUAAACAUAGAACUUCCAUUCCUAUCAGUACUGUGGUUCAUGUAAUAAAACUUUUGAAUGAUCUCCCAGUCGGGGAAUGUGUCAAUAUUUUUAUAUACUGCACUCUGAAUGCUUA